CCAUUCACUUGGCCCCUUGAGAGAUCUCGUGGAAUCUAUUGCCUGGUUUCCUUUUGUCCCUUUAGAAAUCAUGGCCAUGCAUGCAUACCUCCAUGGCAUGGCAGCAGAAUCUAUGGUUUGCCUGGCCUUCAAGUCAUUCGAUAUCGUCAGUGUUGUUUUAUAGUCAUAAAGGCAUCUGAUCUGCAUUGGUUUACACAGCACACACAAGCCUCUCUGCCAUGGCCAUAAGUAUGCACCAUGCACGGUGAGCAACCCGGGGACUUUUUUGGUUCAUGAGUUGCUUCUUUCAGCGACUCGAGUAGUGAACUGAAAUCCAGUGCCCUUUGCAUGGACAGUAGCUUCUUUCCUGUUGAUACAGGCGCUCUUCGCUCGGACUCCCAUUAUAUUCCCUAAGACUCACAUAGGGGAAAGAGACGGGUCAGAGAGAGAGAGAGAGAGAGAGAGAGAGAGAGAGAGAGAGAGAGGGAGAGGGAGAGGGAGAGAGAGGGGUGUCUUUUGAGUUAGUUUUGUUUCACACAUGAAGAGAAAGGAGCUGAUCAUGAACGUUAUUUUGAUCCUUGCGUGCUUCAUUGUGUGCGCGGCAGGCGCGCCGCAGGAGAAGGCCGAGUCGACCACUCCGAUCCCUACCCUGUCUCCUCCCGAGGGAAACACGAGCUUCAUUGACGGUGUCACCUGGUGCGUCGCGCGGCCGGGAGUCCCCCAGGAGGACCUCCAGAACGCGCUGGACUGGGCGUGCGGCCAGGGCGCCGCCGACUGCUCGCCGCUGCAGCCGGGCGGCCAUUGCUACCAGCCCAACACGCUGCUGUUGCACGCCUCCUACGCCUUCAACAUCUUCUACCAGCAGAACGGCAAUUCCGACAUCGCCUGCAACUUCGGCGGCGCUGGAACCAUCACCAAGAGGGACCCAAGUUUCGGGCCAUGCAAGUUCCUGGCAUCUGAGACUUCUGCUGCUUCAGCGCUCGUGUUGAGGAGCAUGAGGAUGAUCUGUGCUGCGUUGCUGACCAUGCUUCAGCUCAGAGUUUUCCAAGCUGUGUACUGAGCGCCGUGUGUCGGUGGCUGGGAUGGCUUAAUGGUGCUACCAAAGUAUGUAAUGCAAAAUCAACAAUGCUAUGGUCUAUGUUUUUAAGGCGACGCCUUGCUUUAAGGCGCUGGGGGGGCGCUUCGACGCCUAGGCGACGCCUAGGCGCCUAAAGCGGACGCCUAGGCGCCUAAAGCGCAAAGCGCUGGGGGGGCGCCUCGACGCCUAGGCGUCGCCUUACGGACGCCUUUAAAACAUAGGCUAUGGUGGUUUCUCCUUUUUUGCACUUAUGUAAGGAACUUUUUCUGUAAUUUUACAAGGACAUGCCUUCGGAGUAUAUAUCUAUAUUUUAUUAAA